CUACCGAGCAAACCCGAGGAGCAGUCCCCGGUGGAGUCGCGAACGUCCAAAGACUACGAGGAUUACGGCGAGGCGGCUGCUGAUGCCGAUGACCAAACGCAGCUAGCACCGCGUGACGCCGAGAACUCCGAGAGUCGCUGGGCGGAUCAAAAGAGCCACCAUGAGGACGAGGAGCACGCCGAGGUCCAUUACCACAAACAUACCCACAUGCACAAGCACCAGCACAAGCAGGAACAUCACCACAAACACAAGCAGGAGCACAAGCACGCACACGACCACCACAACCAGCACAAGCACGACCAUCACCAGGACCACAAGCACGAUCAUCAUCAUGGACACAAGCAUGCCCACAGCCACCAUCAGGACCACAAGCAUGACCAUCAUCAUGAUCACAAGCAUGGUCACAAGCACGGGCAUAAGCAUCACCAGGAGCACAAGGAGGACCAUCACGAGGACCAUAAGCAUGAUCAUCAUCAUGGGCACAAACACGAGCAUGGCCACGACCAUCAUCAGGCCCACAAACACGACCACCAUCAUGGACACAAACACGAACACCACAACGACCACAAACACGACCAUCAUCAUGGCCACAAGCACGACCAUCAUCACGGACACAAGCAUGGUCAUCAUCAUGGACACAAACAUGAGAACAAGCAUGACCAUCAUCAUGGACACAAGCAUGAGCACAAACAUGGUCACAAACAUGUGCAUUCCAAACAUGGCUAAAUGUCGUUACCCAUUCAUUUGGUGGUAACUGUUGUUAAUUGAUUUUAUUGUUGAAUUUGAAUGGUCACUUGUUAUUUGUUGAUGAUCUUAAUAAAUUUUAUCCAAAAA